CAAUUCCACCCCUAGGUAUUUCCCCCAAAGAAGUGAAAACAUAUAUUCACCCUGUCACUUACAUCUAAAGUGACAGCUUUACGGUUACAAAAUUUCCCAGCAAAGUACGGAGGAAAGACUGAGCCAAAUCCCUGGACAUAGUGUGAAGCCGAUCGGGAAACCGAGCUGCCGGGUCUCUAACCAGACUGAGACUAGGCUCCUGGAGCAAUCUGCGACCUCUCACUGCCUCCUAGAGUCAGAGCCGAGCAGUGUUUCAAGUAGAAGCGCAGCGAUCAUCUUCUUGGAGCGGGCAAAUGAUCCUCCCGGGUGAGACAGCCGUGGAAGCCACCGCCCCUCAGAGUGCAAGCCACAGCAUCUUCCCUGCCCGGGCCCAGAGGGCAGCAGAGAAGGUUUGAGUGCAGAGGUCGUUCUUCGGACCGAUAUUCGGGUUGCACAGAGGGAGGUGGCAGCGGAACCUUUCUUCUCCGCCUCGUUCUCGUUUCCACCCGGGUCCAGUUGGCACCGGACGCAGUAACCGAGACUCAGAAAAAUGGAGGCGGCGGACGCCGGGGCAGCAGAGCCGUCCUCUAGGCCGGAGGCCUCGGCGUCUGCCGACGACCGGCUUUUCCUGGUUAAAGGUGGAAUUUUCCUUGGUUCUGUUGCUGCAGCAGGAAUGCUAGCUGGAUUUGCCACAACAUUGUCCUUGGCUAAAAAGAAAAGUCCUGAGUGGUUCAAUAAGGGAAGUAUGGCCACAGCUGCCUUACCAGAGAGCGGGUCUUCCCUGGCCUUGCGAGCCCUGGGGUGGGGCUCACUUUAUGCCUGGUGUGGGGUCGGUGUGAUCAGCUUCGCCGUCUGGAAGGCUUUAGGAGUGCACAGUGUAAGUAACUACAAUCCUAUAGUUGGUAUCUGGAAUGUUGAUUCUAUUUUGUCCUGCCUAAAUCUUCCAGAUUUUCAAAUUUGUAUAUAGU